AUGCUUUCUACGGCGAUCUUCAGGGGCCUCCUGGUCUCUGCUCUGGCUGUUGCGGGGGCUUCGGCAGAAUGUACUCGAUUCAUCGAGGCCUAUGAGGGAGACACAUGUGCCAUCCUGGCUGAGAUCGCCGGCAUCACCGUGACUCAGUUCCUCCGGUCCAAUCCUUCAGUGACGAGCUGUUCGCAGCUGGUUACUGGUGGUUUAUAUUGCAUCGAGGGAAUUGCCGACAGUGGCCCUACAGCUUCGGCAUCACGGACGACAUCUGCUGCCCCUACCUCUUCUUCUCCGGUACGCCUCACCGUCAGCCAGGAUGGCACUUGUGGCUCGGGCGUGACCUGCACCGGAUCGAGCUUCGGAAACUGCUGCUCGCAAUUUGGCUUUUGCGGUAGUUCGGCUGAUUACUGCUUGUCAGAUGGCUGCCAAAGAGGUUUUGGCUCUUGCGGUGCCGGCGGUAUCUCUUCUGCCAGCAGUGCUCCCAUCACGCCGGGGCCUACCGCUUCAGUCACUGUCACUGUCACGUCCGUUGUAGCCGUCACCCGCACUUCGAUCGUCUCCCAGACCAACACAGCUACUGUUACGACCACUGUACCACAGACGGUCGUUGCUACCAGGACCAUCACCAACACCGUUCCGGCCACGGCCUUUACAACCCAGACAGUUCGCGUCACCUCCACCACUACUCUCACCACUGGUGCCACCGCCAUUGUGACCCGAACGGUCGACCUCACCUUGACUAGCAUCGUAACACGCACAGCCACAGUUCCAGUCACCGCCACGCUAACAACAGUCAUCACCAACCUGGUGGAGGUCACCGUCACGUCAACCAGAUCCUCCACGACCACGACAACAACCACGAGAACAGUUCAGACUGUCGUACCGGUAACGCAGACACUGACAACUAUUCUAACCAGUGUCUCAGUCUCGACCAGGGUGUUGACCAGCACGGCAAUUGUCACAAGCGGGACAUGCGGAACGCCGACGACAAGAGCGCCAGCUACGACGACAACCCCGAGUGGAAGUCGGCCAACGCUACCCGGAACACCCAGUAACUGCAAGAACUUGGCCGUCAUUACCCUGAACGACACUUGCCGCAGCUUGGCCUCGAGGGCGAAUUUGACACUGCUUCAGUUCUACGACCUCAACCCAUCCAUCAACUGUGACCAAUUGUGGGAGGGGUAUUAUGUGUGCGUGGGGAGAUAAGUAGACCAAGUCCCAGACCGGGG